AGCUUCCGUGUCAGCUCACGCCAAUGUUGUAUCAAAUAUUUGGUUUAAUCCCACGUGCAAUUCAGGCACCAGCAAUGCUUAGCUCCAGAUCUCAGGCUGUCACCGACUCGAUGCUGCGUCAAUUACCCGACGCAAAUCAUGAUGACAGUUAAUAAGGGGUCCCCUUGCCUCUGGCAUUCCGCAGAGUUUCUCUUCUCAAGAGCACUCCCUCCCCUUCAUCUAGGCUGAUUUUGCAGAAUAAUCAUCUUUGAUUUACUCAUCAUCAGACAGGAUGACUCUACUAGCACCCUAUCAAUUUCCGCACCAGCCCCUGUGCAGUGAGCCGCCACCGCCGUAUACACCAUCCCAAACCCCCUCAUACACCCCACAGCCACCACAUCCCAGCAUGCACCAGCACACACUUCCGACCUCAAUAUCCCCCUACUUGUUCUGUGAACAGACACCCCCACAUUUGUCCCGCUCGAGCAUCUCCAGAUACGGUCGUUACCUUACCACCCUUAGCCAUAGCGUCAACAGCACCACCUAUCUUUACCGACUCUGUCCACGCUUUCCAGCCAACAGCCAACCCAGAAUCUACGCCGUCAAGAUCAUCCCCUCAUCCUCUCAGCCCCCUCCCUCUACUCAAUUGUUCAAGAACAACGCACUAAACAGCAACACCAUCAAUCACCCCAACAUCCUCCUCCCAUUCCUGCCCGCAAUCAUCGACGAUGCCGGCAAUCACUACCUGAUCACCCCCUACUGUACAGGGGGUACUCUAUAUGAUCUGAUCGCAUCAACAACGCAGCUCGCUCCUGCAGAAGCAAACUGCUUCUUCAAGCAACUCCUUCGAGGCGUCGCGUAUCUCCACAACCACCCCAACCUCCAAUCUCACCUCGACCAAACUCACACUGGACCUCCAUGGACGAGCUUGACUCUCAACCCGCAGGACAUCCUCCUCACCGGAGCAGGAACCGUGCGAAUCAAAGUCCGGGCAUUCUCCCCCUCGUCUCCCCUCGCAGCGCGCAGCAGUCCAUACUAUGCGCCAGAGCUAUACCGCGUCCCCAACAACAACACCAAUAUCAACGAAAACACCCCCAAAGCCCUCGACGCCUGGGCCCUGGGUAUGAUCUACCUAUUCAUGCGCACGGGCCGUCCAGCCUGGACCGUGGCCCAGGCGGAGGAGGAUCGGAUGUAUGCCCGGUAUGCAAGGGAAAGAGCGCAGGAGGGGGGAUUUGCCUUGAUCGAGGAUUUAGGGCCUGUAAGUGUCACGUUUAUCCCCUUUCCCCAUUGGCCCUUGUCCUUAUCCAUCACGAAAAUGGCCGUCUUCACGCCGCAUCGCAUUGUGUAUUGAUCAAGAUCGGCGAUUCGCCCCCCGUCAGGAACCAUGUCGAAACGUCAUCUACGCCAUGUUAGAUCCCAGGCCCCUUCGUCGGCUGACGGUCCAUCAUGCCUUGCGGUCAGAGUGGAUAUACGGAGUCGCAAUCUGUGG